UGUUCAGGACAGGUACAGUCAUGUGACUACAAGCUCCCUGCCGAGCUAUUCUACAACCACACCCCCUCACCACGCCCAGCUCAGCGAACACCUGGAGGAAGGCCCGCCUCCCUCCAUUUAUCCGACCAAUCAGCACACGCCGCUGCCCAAGCCUCUCCCGGAAGCGGAGCCCCCCUUGGUGCGGGCUGUCCUGGUACUCCGAAGUGGGAGGAGCCAGCACUGUCGUGCUCAGUCUUGUUCCAGUGUAAGAGAACCGUCACCACAGAACGGGGCGGCAGAGGGUCACCGCAUCCCGGAGACCAUGGACGGCGAGGAGGAUAACGAUGUUUUUGUCUCGGAAGGAGAUGUGGUAGCACCUAACCAAUUCUUGCAUGAACUGCCAAGUUACCAGUCUUUGGUUAGAAGAAGACCUUCAAAUUAUGGAACCAUGGACUCUCGUAGAGGUAGUCGCAACCUGAAACAAUCAUUGUCACAAGAGCCUAGUCAUUUGGACUCCAUUGAAAAUGAUUUUAGUAUUCCUUUAAGAGAACAUCCCAUCAGCAUUGAGGAAAAAAAGAAAUUGCGGCAAAUCCAGGCAACGCGUUUCCAGAAUACCACAGGAUGGAGUCAAUUAAAAGGCAACAGCAGAAGCGUCUAUCGGAAAUUCAGAGAUGAUACUACCGCUUUAGUGUCUAAUCUCCAGCUCUGGAGGAGUAACAUUCACAGUAUUGAGGGUAAAUUUGGCACUGGCAUCGGGUCUUAUUUCUCUUUUCUGAGAUUCUUAGUGUUGCUGAAUUUAGUCAUAUUCCUACUGAUGUUCUGUUUUACAACACUGCCAGUUGCCAUUUCCAAAAAAGGAAUUUUUAACAGCAGCCAAAUCAUUGCCUCUGGCAUUGCACCUGAAUGUGCAGAAUACUCACCUGUCAGCAAAGGACUUCUGUAUUACUACAAUAAUAUUAUAGACUUUCUUUCUGGAACGGGUUUUCUCGAACUGACGUAUCUGUUCUAUGGUUAUUACACCAUAGACACAGUCACUGUUUACGUCAUCCAAUAUAGUCUGCCUCUUGCCUAUAUCAUGGUCACGUUUGCCUAUUUGCUCCUAAGCAUUGUCUGGAUUGUGAAGAGGGCAGUAAAAGGUUUUAAGCAGAGCCUGGUACUUGAUAAAGAUCGGUUUCAGAGUUACUGUAAUAAAAUAUUUGCCGGCUGGGAUUUCUGCAUCACAGACAAGAAUUAUGCUGAUCUAAAGCACAGCAGUCUUUCACUUGAGUUAAAAACAGAUUUGGCAGAAGAAACGGAACGCCAGAGGAAAGAGAAGCGGACACGGAGAGAGACCCUGAGAAUCUAUGCCUUGCGCUUGUUUUUGAAUAUCAUUGUGAUCUCAGUAUUGGGUGGUUGUUUCUAUGCAGUCUACUUCGCUACAAGCUAUUCACAAGAGUACAAUAGCCCUGUUUCUCAAAAAACAGGCCAACUGAGUCUUCUGAUAGAAUAUCUCCCAUCUAUUGUCAUUACUAUUGCCAACUUCAUUACUCCAAUUAUUUUUGAAAACAUAGUACGAUAUGAAGACUAUGCUCCAGCUUUUGUGAUCCGCUUUACACUUAUAAGGUGUGUGUUUGUGCGAUUGGCCAGCAUUGCUGUACUACUUAUCUCUUUAUGGACUAAAAUCACUUCCUGCUCAAACCAGAGCUGCAAGUCUUGUGGAUAUAACUAUAAGGACUACCCGUGCUGGGAAUCUCGAGUUGGACAAGAAAUGUACAAGCUCAUGAUUUUUGACUUCUUAAUAAUAGUGGCAGUGACGAUAUUUGUAGAGUUUCCAAGAAAGUUGCUAGUCACUUAUUGCUCAUGUAAGCCAGCUAAGUGGUGGGGCCAGCAGGAGUUCGAAAUUCCAGCAAAUGUACUUGAAAUUGUGUAUGGACAGACCAUCUGCUGGAUUGGAACCUUCUAUUCUCCGCUUCUUCCAGCUAUAGCAACUUUAAAGUACUUCAUUAUAUUCUACAUCAAAAAAAUCACUCUAAUAGAGAACUGCAGGCCAGCUACCAGGCCUUUCAGAGCCUCAAGGUCUACUUUCUUCUUCCAGGUGAUAUUGCUAAUAGGCCUUGUCCUUGCCUGCAUCCCUGUGGGGGUUGGAAUUGCGAGCAUACCAGCUUCCAAAGCAUGUGGCCCGUUCAUCAACUAUUACACAUCAUGGCAGAUCAUCCCCGCCACUGUAGAUUCCUUUCCCGACGGCCUGAGAAAAUUUAUUUAUGUCCUUUCAUCUGAAUCCUUUGCUGUUCCAUUUUUCCUGUUGUUAUGUCUGGUCAUGUUCUAUUUUAUUGCAUUGGCUGGAGCCCACACGAAAGUGGUCGAGCAGCUGCAAGAACAGCUGGUCAUGGAGAGCAGAGACAAGAUUUUUCUGAUCAGACGUCUGACUGAAGCACAUAGCAUUUACAUUUGACAGCUUUGUUGUAGUUGAAACGAAUUGUUACAUUGCUCUUUUUAAUUAAUUUAUUACUGUGACAUGUACUCAAGAGAAUAGUUUACCUCUGCUUUUUUCUUGUAUUAUUAAAAGAAGGUUUCCACUUGUGGCAGAGUACAUUUGCAUCCUCACUGAUGCAACAAAAGCCUGCAAAAUAACCGUUUUGGAAAGCGAAGACUUUCCUUUACUGCCAAAUGGCUCUGCUUUUCUUGAAUGAGUUGAAGAAUGGCUAAAUGCAUUCAGUGAAUGGCAGUCCACUGGUAUAGUGCUGAAACAGUGGGGAUUUAAGAUGAAAGACCUUUAUUACAGAUGGCCACCUCUUGGAUUUUACAUUUCAUUUUUUUUCUUCCUAUGUCUAGAGAAAUAUGAAAACUGCCAUUGCGGUUUCCUGAAAAUGCAGAUUACCUGACUGGUAUCGUAGGCUUCAAUAUUUUUCACCCACUAUAAAUUAAUAUGCAGAUUAGGAAAGUCAGAUUGAAGCCAUUUGUGUCUACAUCGUAGUUUUAGGAUUUCAAUUCAAAGUUCCAAAGCCAAGAAGCAUGACAGCUAGGCAGCUUGCAUUUUCAGAAGCAGAGAUCAACAAUGGCAGCCUCAAUGCUUUCCUGGCCACAGGUUUCCUUUAACUUAUAUUGCACUAAUAAAGGCAGGAACACCAAUGCUGGUCAUACACAUUUUCAACCAGUACCCAUUAGCAAAACAAAUUAGUGGGUCAAGGCAACCUACAAAUAUCCUUUUUAUUUAAAAGUUGGUGGUUGCAUGCCCUGUACUGUUCAGUUAUUUUGUAAAUUCAAAAGCUGGCUGAAAUGACUACACAAUUGCCCCGUGUAUGAACUGUAUAAGGUAGAGUUGUGUUGGCUACUGGGACAUGGCUCAGUUGUAGAAGAUGAGCCCUUAGUGAGUUCCUGGAUUCCUUUAGUUGCACAGAACAGGGUUUCUGCUUGAAUUAAGGUAAUACUAUUGUUCAGCAUGAUUUUAAGUGUUGACUUAAAAAAAAAAUUCAUUAAUUUUAUAUAAUAGCGAAUUGUAUUUUUCAUUAUUUUAAUGCUGACUAGUAAAGAAAUGGUUGCAGGUUUAUAGAUUAAAAAAAAAAAUUGUAAAUACUGCUGUCAACACACAUAAAUGUGUAGUCUACAAAAGUGGUAUAAGUAUUAUAUCUCAAGGGUGCUUUUUUCUUUUAAAAUAAAUUCUGUUAACCAUUUCAUAAA